AUGUUGUAUAACCAUUAUCGAAAUCUAUAAGGUAGAGUGUCUCCUAAGAAUCAUCUAAUUAAUUAUGAUUUUCCGUCUGAUAGAUUGCCUAAUAGUAAAUCACCACCUCUUGCUAUUGAUAACAAUUCACAAACUAUAAAUAAAAGGAAUUCUCAAGAUAGAACGUUAUUGUAUUAAUUAAGUCUUAACUUAUAUAUUUUAGCAAUUCAAUCAAUCUAAAUGAUGAUACUUAGUUAUGUAAAACACCUUUUUUCUUAAGCAAAGAUAGUUUUAGAUCUAGAUCUAAAAGUCCAAUAUAUUUGCCUAUUUAAAAUUCACCAAAAUAAUUCGGAAUACCAAUCAAAAAGUAAGUAGCAGAUGAAUUUUAUUGGAAUUGGAAUAAGUAAUCCUCUGAAAAAACACUCAAGUAAAAUAAAUUGAGGAAUCUCAAUAUUAAUAUGAAUGAAAUGGCUUAAGUUCAUUAAUUACCUUAAUCAAAUAGAAAUAGCAAAUAAAACAAUAGAAAUUUUGAUAAUAUCUUCUAACAAUUGAUUGUUAAAUAUGGUUCUUCAUAAUAAUAAUAAUUAUAAAAAACAACAACAAUAAAAAAGUAAUAACAAUAAGAUGAUAAUGAAAAUGAUGAAGAACUUAAAAAUGAUUCAAUUAUUUGUGUAAAUAAAUCUAAUUUUGCUUUUCAUUUUAUAAUAGGUAAAGGUGGAUUUGGUAAAGUUUGGAAAGUUGAAUUAAAAAAGAAUAGAAAUCUUUAUGCAAUGAAAGAAAUGUCUAAGGCUAAAAUAAUUGCUAAAAGGAGUGUAAAUUCCGUACUAAAUGAACGUAAUCUUUUGACAUAAUAUAAACAUCCAUUUUUAAUAAAUAUGAUAUACUCUUUUUAAGAUAGAGAUAAUUUAUAUUUAGUGAUGGAUCUAUUGACAGGAGGAGACUUAAGAUAACAUGUAGGUAGAUUAGGAAGAUUUAAUGAAUAAUAAACUAAAUUUUUUGUAUCUUGUGUACUAUUAGCUUUAGAAUAUCUUCAUAAUUAAAAUGUUAUUCAUAGAGAUGUUAAACCAGAAAAUAUUGUAUUAGAUUAUAAAGGUUACGCAAGAUUAACUGAUCUAGGUAUUGCUAGAAUAUUUAAAAAUGAUAAUUCUUAAGAUACUAGUGGAACUCCUGGUUAUAUGGGUAAAUCUUUAAUUCAUUCUAUUUUUAGCUCCUGAAGUUAUGUGUAAAUUAAAUCAUACUAUUGCUGUUGAUUAUUUUGCUUUAGGUGUUAUGACUUAUGAAUUUAUGUUAGGUCAUAGACCAUAUUAAGGAAAAUCAAGAUAAGAUAUUAAAGAUUAAGUUUUAUCUAAAUAAGUUUAAAUCAAAAGAACAUAGAUUCCUAAUGAUUGGUCAUUUCAUGCUGCUGAUUUUAUUAAUAAAUUAAUCUAAAGAAAACCUACAAAUCGAUUAGGAUUUAAUGGACCUGAUGAAGUUAAAAAUCAUCUUUGGUUACAAGGUGUUCCAUGGAAUAAAUUAUUAAAUAAAGAAAUCUAAUCUCCUUUCAUUCCACCCGUAUAUUAUUAUAUUUAUUUAGUCUUUACAAGAUAAUUUAGAAUGCAAUUUCAAUUUAGAUUCAGAAUCUUCAGAUGAAUUCAUGUUAGAAUAUAAAUUACUCUUAAAAAAAAAUUCCAUUUAAAGUAAUCAUUUCAUCUAUCUCAGAUUUAUUCGUUGGAUAUAAUUAUGAUUAAAAUAUAAAACCAAGUUUAAAAUUAACUAAAACUACAACUAGCAUUCUAAAUUUAAAUUGA